AUGGCGCUGGUUCAGAAGCCCGUUUCGGAUCACUCCGAAGACGAGGACAGCGCGUCGAACUGUUCGCUGGAGCUCGACAGUCGCACGGGUGGUAACCCGUCGCACGCGGACACGGCGACGUCGUCAGCGUCGUCGUCGACGUCGUCGGAGGAAAACCUCAUUUCGCUGCUGCCGGACGACUGCCUGGCGGCCGUGUUUCGGCAGCUGAACGCGGCGGACCUGGCGGCGUGCUCGCUCGUGUGCCAGAGAUGGAUGAGUACGGACUCGGAGUCUCGGCCGAACCUGUCGUUACGGGCGGCGACGGAGCUGACGCAGCAGCUCCCGCGGCUGCUGGAGCGGUUCUGUGCGGUGCAGAAGCUCGUGCUGAAAUGCGACCGCAACGUGCAGAGCGUAGACGACGCGGCACUCACGCUCGUGGCGGAGCAGUGCCUGCUGCUGCGGAAGCUCAAGCUGAAGAAUUGCAAGCAGGUGACGGACGAGGGCAUGGAACGCUUCACCCGCGCGUGCCCGCAUCUGCGCAAGUUUUCGGUGGGCGGGUGCGGGUUCGGCACGCGUGGACUCAACGCGCUUCUGGGCGGCUGCCCCCUGCUGGAGGACCUCACGGUCAAGCGAAGCAUGAAGCCCCCCGCGGAUCGCGCGCUCGAGCCGCUCACGCCCUCGAACCUGAAACUCCGCCGGCUCUGCCUCAAGGACCAAUCAAAUUCGACCAUCUGGACUCCCCUGCUCGAGGCGUGCGGCAAUCUCGAGACGCUCAUUCUCGCGCGCAACGGCGGGUACUGGGACCGCGUGCUAGAAUCUUCUCUCGGGCAGAAACGCCUGCCCGAACUCUCGCAGGUCUACCUGGAAAAGCUGCAGCUGACGGACCGCGGUCUGCAAGCCGUGGCGCGCUGCCCGAAGCUCGAGGCGCUCGUAGUCGUCCGCACGCCGGAUUGCACGGACGCGGGCAUGGCGGCGAUCGCGGCGGGAUGCACGGGGCUGCGGCGGCUGCACAUCGAGGGGUGGGCUCCGGGACAUAUAGGCGACACGGGGUUAGGCGCCAUUGCGCGCUGCUGCCGCGACUUGCAGGAGCUGGUGCUCGUGGCGCACUCGUGCACCGCGGCUAGUCUCAAACCGCUCGCGACUAAUUGCCGCGGGCUGGAGCGAUUAACUCUCUGCUCUUCUUCCGCAAUGGGGGAUUUAGAAAUGGCGUGUCUGGCUUACGGCUGCCCGUCGCUCAGGCGACUGGGGGCUGGCGCGGGGGGGGAACAUGGCGGAGGGCGCAGGGGGGAGGGCGCGGCAGCGGCGGAGCAGCUGGGCGGCGGGCGCUUAGUGCGCGACUUCCCCGGGCUUCACGCGCUGGGGCGUGCGGGCGCAAUUGGCGGGGGAGCAGGCGGAGUUGGGGGAGGCGCGGAGGAGGAGUUGACCGCAGCCGCCGUGGGGAUGCGGUUUCUGGGGGCUAUGGGGGGCGGGGGAGGCGGAGGAGGCGGGGGGGCCGGGGGACUAGACGGCGGUCACGCGCAGGGGGGUGGCGCAGGUGGCGCAGGGGGAGGAGGAUGGGGGGUGGGUAGCAUGAGCAGGAGCGGCGGCGCGCGCACACGCCUCGCGAUGAUGGCAACAUCCCUGCGCAGGCUGAUCAGCGGAGGCGGCGGCGGAGGGGGAGGGGGAGGUGCAGGCGGAGGGGCAACAGGCGGGGAUAUGGGCGCGAGGGGGAGUACUGGCAACGGAAACAACCAGGCAAUUGUCAGCAGUAUGAGUGCAGGUGCUACCCUGGGUGGGUAUUACUUAAACGAAGCGCCAGUGGCGGUGCAGGGGGGAGUGGCAGCAGCAGCGGCAGGAGUGCCGCUGGGAGUAGCAUCUCGACCGUUGGAUCUGGUAGCGUCUCGGCCGUUGGAUCUGGUAGCGUCACGACCAUAG